AUGACUCUAUCAAACGCCGUCACCACAUGGGAAAUGGCCUAUCAUGAUGCCUGGCACCAGUGGAUAGAGUCGCACGCCGAACUAGCCAGCAUGGUUAGCCAACGUGGUUGGACUUUUACACAACGUGAGGUGGUCAUUGGAAAGCUAGGUUUACUCCAGCUACAACUGAGAAAAGUCAUUGAAAGGGUGUUGACCAUGAUUAGAGAAGCCCCCAAAUGCCGGACACUCCGAAAAGAUAUUUCUGGUGUCAACGCUGACGACCUUAUCCGCAUCUUGGAAGGCACCAAGGAAAAAGUUACAGCGAUCACGGAAGCUCUGAUGAAGAGGGAAAGUUUCGAAGUGGAGCUGAAGAUUUGUGGAGAUAUCAUUCGUCUCGCCGUUUAUUUGGAUAAGCAUAAAGUACAGCCAUAUCUGUGUCACGCCAUGCGUUUGGUGUUUUGA